GUUAGCUUACCCAAAAAAGCCGUUUAUUUUUACGAGUAUUUCCGUGCUGACUCGCUUCCACUUCCGGCUCUACCACUUAACUCUUCUGCACUGGGUUACAGAGUAGCCCGUUUCCUCCAGUGUCCCCGGUCUCGGCACCCUCGGAGACGCAAAUUUCACCGAACAAUCCGACCAGAAUUAACCAGUCUCGGCGGCUCUCCAGGGCGUCAAUGGCUCCGGUUGGCGGACUACACCGGGGAGAAGAGGAAGAGACUAUGCUGGGCAAGGUGCUCGAACGCCACGUGGUCAACCCGACAAGCGCCGACACAGGCCAGCGCCGCGGCAAGCCCCUGCUGUGCGCCGUGGUGCUCGUCAUCGCGCUGCCCAUGGUGGCGCUGGUGCUGUUCGCCGUGCUGGCCAAGACGCAGAUAACUGUACAAGUGGACGCCGCAUGGGGCACGUACCGCGGCUCACACGAGCGUGUCGAAGGUGGGCUCGAGUGCGACAGCUUUCUCGGCAUCCCGUUCGGCAACGCGACGGGCGGCGAGCUCCGGUUCCGGCGGCCCGUGCGCCCCGGCCAGUGGGCGCAGCAGAACACGGGGGGCAGCGCCCCCUGCCUGCAGCCGCCCCUGCGCAUCGGCAACUUCUCCGUGUACGACGCGGCCAACAGCGGCUCAGAGGACUGCCUGCGGCUCAACCUGUGGACGCCCAGCAUCAACGCAAAGGGCCUCCCAGUGCUGGUGUUCCUACACGGCUUCCAGUUCUACUAUGGCGGCAACAGCCAGGAGUUGUUGCGCGGCGAGCUGCUCUCUGCGCUGGGUAAUCUCGUGGUCGUGGUUCCCAACUUCAGGCUCGGCCCACUGGGCUUCCUCAGGGCGAAUGCGAACAGCGAGUCUUCUCCGGGCAACCUGGCGCUAUACGACCAGCGCCUGGCCCUCGAGUGGACGCGCGAUAACGUGCGAUUCUUUGGCGGCGACCCGGAGCGUCUGGUGCUACACGGCUACGAGGCCGGCGCCGUGUCCGUCGGCUACCAGCUGCUCUCGCCCGAACCCCACUGGGUCAAGGGGGUGCCCAGGUUGAUCCUGCAGAGCGGCUCUGCACUGCGCCUCUUCAAGAACAACACGGGCGACGCGAGCAUCAGCAACGUGCGCUCGCUCCAAGUGAAUCUCAAGUGCAACACCAAGGAAGAGAAGCCACAGCUGGCGCUCGAGUGCCUGCGAAAGGUUGAGCCCGAGAUGUUCGUGCAGCGCAAAGCGCACAAAGACAUCGACUUCGUGUUCGGGCCCAGCUUCGACACCGAGUUCCUGCCUGCGUAUCCGAGCCAGUUGCUGUCGGACGCGAUCCACUCGAAGGAGGUGCUGCUGGGCACCGUCUCCGGCGAGGGCGUUGUGCUGGCCGAGGUCUACAUGAGCCUCCGGAAGCCCAUCAAUCUUGGCGAAUUGCUGGCCGCGUACGGCGUGGUGGACGUGGCGCGGCUCAUCGCGCUUUACACCAACGCCGACCAGCGGGGCAACCGCACCUGGGCGCUGUCGCACUUCAAGCAGCUGCUUGGCGACGUGCUGUCCUCGUGCCCGGUACAGUACCUGGCAGAGCACCUGUCUUCGGGCAAUAACCGCGUGUACAGCUACGUGUUCGUUCACAAGCCGAGCUUCAGCGACUGGAACGAUUCGUUUCCGGCGCAGUACGAGGACCUGGACUUCGUGUUCGGGGUGCCGCUCCGCCGAGGACUGGGAACGCCGCAGGAGCAGGACCUCAGCCGCCGGCUCAUAAAGCUUGUGGCCACGUUCGCAAAGGAGGGGUGCGUCCAUAGCACUGAGGUGCUCAUGUUUUCGAACAUAAGUCAUAUCUACAGCAGAAUUGCGCUGAACACGAGGCCACGGGCUCGAUACUUUCGGCUCUGGCGGCCACGUUCGGUUAUGGAUACAACGUGGAAACGCCCUCGUACAAAGAUUCGGCGCAGAUUAGGCGGUCAGAAGUAUUCCGGAGUCCUUGGCGUGUCGGGAAGACCGCUACAGACGAUAACAAACAGGCGCCACGAUGAACAAGUGGCUGUGUGUGCAUGGCUGCGUGGCAUGGCCCUGCGCUUCAUCUCGAUGACGCUGCCUCAGUUGCGCGAAGGCGCCGAGUGGCCCGAGUUCCACGGCCUGGGCAACGACACGGUCGAGAUCGCGCUCGACGGCUUCUCGCUGGCAGCGUCAACACGUGCCGAGCAGUGCCGCCAGAUACGACCGCACAUCCUCUACUAG